CAAGAUGGACGACGCAGGUUACAGAAACAAAGAAAUGCUUAUAAAAUAGUGUUUGCGCCCGUUGUUAUUAAUAAUAAUACAAAAUAAGUUAACCUAAAGAGCGAGAGAGCAAUUUCUUCCAUAUGCAGUAAGUUUUCAUCACGCUAUUUGACGAUACGAAGCCGGUAAUACUAAAUAAACGGAAGCGGGGUUAUGACAGACAUGUCAGAACUUGAAAUGGGACUGUGGUAGCCAAAACAGAAGCAGAGGAUUGCACUAGCAUUGAAAACUAAGAGAUUUGUACUCAUCACCUACACAACAUAAACUCUAUUGUCAUGGAUCUUGAUAUUAAUGAUCAGAAAGGUUCAGUGGACUCGGAACAAAAUUCUGAUGAACCUAAAGAAACGGACAAGGAUCAUUCUCCCAGCAAAGCAGACCUCAAAUCACACGAGGAUGUUGAGAUGGAAUGUGACACAGAUUCAACUGUUAAAGAUGAAGGUUCAAAACAUAAGUCACCUGUAAUACUUGAAAGUGGUGAUAUUGCUGUAGUGAUGGACUGUGAAGAAGCUUCUACAAUAGAUGCCUCAAAACAACACCAAGAUGUAAUAAUACACAAAGAAUUACAUGAAGAGACUAACGUAUCAACAGAUAAUGAGACCAUAAAUCCAGAAUUGAUGUGUACUCAAACCAAGUCUGAAUCUGAAUCGGUUGUGGCAUCAGUUUCUUCUGUAUUGCCAAUGGCAGAUAAUAGCAAGACAACAUCCAUAGAAAAAAGUGAACUCCCUGCUAAAUUAGAGCAUUCUGUUCCAAGCAAUUCAAAUACUGAAGAAAGUAAUGAGGAGUUGGUACAGGAUGCUGAUGUUGAGCAAUCUGGUCCAUCUGAAUCAGAAUAUGUUGUUACAUCUGAUGCAGUUAUAUCAUCAUCUGGUUCAGCUGCAGAAAACACCAAACAGCAUUUAACAAAUGAAAAUGACUUGAUCCCAGUUGAACAAGUAUCUGUUGUACCUGAUUCAACAAUUGUGUUACCUGUGGAAGGUCAUAAAGAAGAAAGUCAUCCCAGCAUAGCAGAAACUUGUGAAUCACAAAGUGUUGAUCUCAAGACAAAUGAAAUUGAAAUACCAAGUUCAACAAUUGUAUCUUCUGCAGAAGGUAGCAACAAAACAACAGAAACACCUGCAACAGAGUCAACUGACACAACACAGUUAACCAACACAACACAGUCAUCUGACACAACACAGCUAACCAACACAACACAGUCAUCUGACACAACACAGUCAGCUGACACAAUACAGUCAGCUGACACAACACAGCUAACUGACACAACACAGUCAGCUGACACAACACAGCUAACUGACACAACACAGUCAUCUGACACAACACAGUCAACUAACACAACACGGCCAUCUGAAAUAAUUCACAGAGGUGAAGGGGAUCACAUCACAGAGGAAGCAUCAGAAAACAAGUCUGUUAAGUUGACUGAUUUAGCACUUUUGUCAUCUGCAGAUGCUCAUAUAUGUGACGCUGAUCACACCACAGAGAAAAUGUCUGGUGAUGUUUCACAUUCAGAUGUUUUAUUAUAUAUGGCAAGUGACAAAACUGAAAUUGGUGUUCCAUCUACUACAACACUUGAGACUGAUCCAGAGGCUGUUGCAGAUUCAGGAAUGGUAUCAUCUGCACAUGGUCUAAAAGGAGAAGAUAAUCUCAUCUUGGAUGAAACAUUGGCUACAGAACAAAGUUAUACUCCCACCACAGUAGGAACAUCUACUUCCAAGAGUGAAAGUAACAGCUCUACAGCUGCAACACUUAAAAUGGCAUCAUCUGAAGUAUCGGAUGUCAUCACAGUGGAAGGUUCUGUGAAAGGUGAUCUCAUUGCAGGUGCAAAUCAUGAAACAGAAUCAGGUUCAGGAAUUGUAUUAUCUGAAGAUCCAAAAGUUCAGAUUGCUUUUGUUGCAAUUGAGGAAACAAAACCAAAAGAUCCUAAAACAUUAGAUUGUAAUAUUGUGUUAGCUUCUUCAGAUACACUGAAGAAACGUUCCAUGGAAGGUGAUCUCACUACAGGUGAAACUCCUGAAACACAAUCAGCUGAAGUAUCAGAUUCUGGAAUUGUGUUAUCUGAAGAACCAAAAGUUGAUGUAACAAAACCAACAGAUCCUGAAACAUUAGAUUCUAAUAUCUUGUUAGCUUCUCCAGAUACACAGGAGAAAAGUUCUGUGAAAGGUGAUCUCACUUCAGGUAAAACUCAUGAAACAGAAUCAGCCGAAGUACCAGCUUCAAGAAUUGUGUUAUCUAAAGAUCCCAAAGUUGAGACUGCUCUGGUUGCAAUCGAGGUGACAAAACCAAAAGAUCCUGAAACACUAGAUUCUAAUAUUUUGUUAGCUUCUUCAGAUAAACAGGAGAUAGUAGCAGAGAGAACAGAAAGCAUCCAGGCUGAACGAUCUGGGUCCAGUGAUUCACCACCAAACACAGAGUGUAGUGAUAUUAUUAAUAAGACCUCGGUUGAAUAUAAACUGCAAACUGAUACUGAAUCAUGUAUCAAAGUAUUGCCAACUUUUAUGUCAACAGUAUCUAGUGAAAACACUGAGGUUGAGAUGGAAAUAGAAAAUGUAACUAUGUCUGAAAAUAUGAGUGUGAACCGUAGUAAUUUACAAAGUGACAAUGAUAAUAAUAAAUCAGAUGUAAUGAAAUCAGUAUCUUCAGAUGUUGCAGAACAUCCAGAAUCCACACCCAACAUUGAUCUAACAAGUGAUACAUCUGAUAAUCAAGCAAAGGAAUCUGUUGCCAAAGAAGAAACUAAUUCUGUUCAAGCAGAGGAAAAGACUAAUUUAGAUAGAGUACUUUCCGAACAAAGUAAAGAUAAAAAUGAUGCUUUAGCCUGUGUAGAAACAACACAAAUACCUGAAAGCAUUACUGAGCAAGAACCGGCUAAAGAUAUUGAGUCAUCAAAAGAUUGUGAUGAUGACGACAAAGCAACAUCUGUUCUUCUAAAGGACGUUGAUGAGGACAGUUGCCAGGUUGCAUCUCAUUCAUCAUCUGCAGUGGAUGAAGACAAUGACACUGCAUCAUCGGCUACAGACAGCAAGAUUCAAGGAGUGGCAAGUUUAUGCAGAGAUGAGGACAGCAGAGCAUCUUUUGUCAGUACUACCAACGAAACCGAUAUGGAAGUGGAUCUAGCAGCUGAUGAAAGCAACCUUGUAUCUGACUUCAAUGAGGACAGCAAUGCCUCUAAGACAUUUGGACAACAACCAAGACAGGUGGUGGGAAAUGGUAAAAUGUUUCCACUGCGUGAUCUUAUGACUGAUGAAACAAGCAUGAGUUCAGUGGUCACUGCUGACAGUGUAGACAGUGAAAAUAUCCCACUGGCCAGAAUGGUUGAUGACAGUGACAAUUGCCCUCUGGCCAGUUUGGUUCCUUACUCUGAUUCCAUGCCAGGCACACCUGCAUCUUGUGACACAGUUAGUGAUGCUGGACCAACACCAGCCAAGCGAUCAAGGCGAGAUAGCUUAACAAAUGCAGUGGAAGAUGAAUUAAAUGGUUUUCCAGCAGAAAACCUGUUUGAGUACCAGUGGCCUCAGGAUGGUGGAGAGUGGUAUAUGCUGCAGGAACAACUUAGUGAGUUUCUUGCAAUCAAGUCCUUCAAGCGAAAAUAUCCAGAUUUGUAUCGUAGAACUGCUGACAAAGUGGAGAAAGACUUUCUUCGACAUCGAUGUGCUGUAACAGAGACUCAAUCAGAUCUAGGACUGACAGCACUGCGCAGUGAGGAAGUGUAUGACUUGAUGCUGAAAGACUACCCUGAUAAAUACCAGGAGUAUGCCAAUGUCCUCCAUGAAAGGGAAAAAAAGACGAUACGGGACAAACACAAAGAGUAUGGUGUACCAAAAUUAGACAAAGGUAAAAUGGCCGAUUACAUUAAGAAGGCUGUGAGGUCAGCGGCAGAGUUCAACGCUCACUUCCAGCGAGAGAGAAAGGAAGAAAGGAGAUCUUACUUUGAUCUCCAGACAUUUAUGAUCCAUUAUCCUUCAACAAAAUACAAGAAGUUGGCACCAGACGUCACUAAACCAGGACCGUACCCAGUGUCCCUUAUUCCAGGACAGUUUCAGAAUUUUUACAAAAGCUACACUCCAGAUGAACUGAAGUACUUACCUCUGAACACAGUCAUGUUUGAUCCUCCAAACGACAGGGGAACCAAGCUGGCGAAGGUAUCGAGCGGAGAAUCAUCCUCCGAGGUCGAGGAUAACAAUGAGGACAAAGGUGAAUCUGGUUCGGACAACGAGAGUGAUGAUGACGACAGCAGUGAUUCCGACAACAGCAGCAGUGAUGAGGAUCAGGAUGGGAAGAGUGAAGACAAAGAGCCUGAAGCACCCAAACUUGAACUGUGUCGAAUCUGCAAGGAGGCCGUUUUGCCAGCUCCCAGAAGAAAUUCUUUACCACAGGAUACCCUCAUUAAAUGUUCUGAGUGUGGGGCAACUGGACAUCCGUCCUGCUUAGAUUUGCCGAAGAAGAUGAUUGCCGUUAUUAAAACCUAUCCCUGGCAGUGCAUGGAAUGCAAGACUUGUGUCGAGUGCUUAGAUCCAUUUGACGAGGAUAAAAUGAUGUUCUGUGACCGCUGUGAUCGGGGUUACCACACAUUUUGUGUCGGUCUGAAGGCUAUUCCAACAGGCCGAUGGGAAUGUCGUAGUUGUAAAGGAACAGAUACUCCUAAAUCAAGGAGAGGUCGACACUAAGUCUUACAAGAGGACCCAUUCAUCAUCCACGAAGCAGGACACUACCUAGUACUCAACAUAAUACUGCCCAACACAUUACAUUGCUCAUACUGUCAUGUGUAUUGUCAUCAUCACAGCUCAUACACAUCAUCAUGGCUCAUGUUAGCAUCAGUUUGUAUUUACAUAAAAGCCUAAACAUAGGAGGCAGCUAUUGUUAUGGCUAUAUAGAGUAACAAUAAAUCAUGUAAAACAAA